CCUGCCCGAUAGGCGGCAUGGGGAUGUAAAUGUAUAUAUAUCCCUACUCUGGGGGCUUGAUUCCAACUCUUAGGCUUAUCUUUCUGGACGUCCGUUCCUCCCUUGUACCUGACAACCAGCCGCUUGAUUCAACCAUGUCCCACUCCGGAGCCCAGGGCAGCAUUGGGAGCCACCCAGCCAUGGGGCUGCGUGCCCACAAAAUGUACCUGUUUGAGUUUGAGAACUUCCAGGGUCGUAUGAUGGAGUGCAUCACUGAGUGCCGUAACCUGUGUGAGAAGGGCUUUGAGAGGAUCGGCUCCAUCAGGGUGGAGUGUGGACCCUGGGUGGGCUAUGAGCAGCAGAACCUGAGCGGAGAAAUGUUCAUGCUGGAGAAGGGAGAGUACCCCCGCUGGGAUACCUGGAGCAACAGCUACAGGUGUGACCGCUUCAUGUCCGUCAGGCCCGUUCGCAUGGACACCCAGGACCACAAGAUCUGCCUGUUUGAGUGUAAUAACUUUGAGGGCCGUAAGAUGGAGGUGUGUGAUGAGGAUAUCCCCAGUCUGUGGUCCUACGGCUUCCAGGACCGUGUGGCCAGCAUCCAGGUCACUGGAGGAACUUGGGUUGGCUACCAGUACCCCGGUUACCGUGGCUACCAGUACGUGUUCGAGUGCGGUGUCUUCAAGCACUGGAACGAGUGGGGCGCCCACCAUCCCCAGAUCCAGUCCAUCCGUAGAGUGAGGGACAUGCAGACACAUCGGAGAGGCUGCUUUGAGUGGACCGUCUAGAUGGGGCCAGGCAGGCGACGGGUCAUGGGCCAGCAGGACAGAGGGGAAGGAGCCUGGCUUGCCCUGGAGCUAACCAUCCCUGGGUCUGGAGCUCCAUCUUGGAACUCCACACAGCCAACAUAAGCUAACAGCGUACAUCACUGGCUCCAACUCAAUCACUUUUACAAGUAGUAACAUUCAGGGUGUGUGUACUGUAAUGCACAAUCCUUGAAUGAAGACAGUGCCACCUACUGGGCAAAGGUUGCUACUGCAGCUCACCUACAGCUGACUUCCACAAUGCCUGAAUAUAAUAAUACUGGUGAAAGUGAUAGCUGUACUCUCUGUUCCAAGACCUGAUGGAAUUAUAGCAUGAGAAGAUUUAUGAUAUUUAUGAUGGGGAUUUUAAUUGGAGAAAGGGAAUUAGUUAACAAAGAUUUUAACAAGUUAUAUAACUUCAUUAGUUUGUGUUCACUAGUUUGUUUCCAUAUCUGCAAACCCAAUUUAUUUUAUACAUCUUUAGUUGCUUAUGUAUUUCUUAGCUAUAUACCUAAUGAUGCCGAAUAAGCCUGUUCAUUACAAUGCUCUACCCUCCUGCGAUCUGUGAAUCAUUUUAGAGAGCAGAGAUACGACAUACUGCUCUCACUCCAGUCUCUAAGCUACGGUGGACAGCUGCCAGCUCUCUGUGCUCUGUCCAUGCCCUGCAGUGAGCUCAAUCAUCCACGGGAGGCACUGUUUCCCCAUGUACUCUCCCCCAAAGCCACCUUCUAGUUUAGGGAUUGCACCUCAACCAUAAUUUCCCCAAUGACAUUCUACCUUCAAGGCUUCAAAGCUAUGCCCAUGACCCACUCAAUCUAUGGCAGGGAAGCUAUGCCCAUGACCCACUCAAUCUAUGGCAGGGAAGCUAUGCCCAUGACCCACUCAGUCUAGGGCAGGGAAGCUAUGCCCAUGACCCACUCAGUCUAGGGCAGGGAAGCUAUGCCCAUGACACACUCAGUCUAGGGCAGUGAGGCUGUCUGAAGGAGGAAGUGAGCUAGGGGGCAUGAUUGGGAGACAGGCUGCUGUAGGCUACCUGGUAGUGUUUUUCUAGACAUGCUGACCUUUUGGGAGACCCCUCCCCCCUCUUAAUGAUGGGGUUGCUGAGGAAUCUUGUUAUAUACACUAUAUAUUUCUCAGGGAUGCUGGCAUCUGGAAAGCGACUUUCCAAUCAAAUAAAAAAAUGAAUGAAGAUUCCUAACCUCAGUGCUGGAAAUGCAA